AUGGAUAAUGUGUGCAAGAGAAGGUGGUCAUCAGGCUCCCAGGCCAUGGUGUUUCUUCACACACUUGCAUUAUCCUGUGCAGGUGCUGUUGAACCUACCUCCAAAAUUGACGGACAUCGUCAGACAGCAAUGACAUUAAGAGAAAACAUGAUACACAGGUUCAACUGUCAUUCAGAAGGCUGGCAUCCGCAUGCACCAAUCUCGCUGAGCUGGUACCUGAACGGUGAGCGGCAGAGGUCACUCUCUGCCAGAGGUGGUCUGGUGAUGUCACCCCUAAAAGGCUCUAAGGGCAAAAAGCUUGGAGUCAAUCACAACAGCACAUUCUCCCUGUGGGCCAGAAAAUGGGACAGAGAGCUGGUGUGUGUGGCAUUAAACCCCAAAUCCGGGGAGAGCUACAAUGCCACAGUCACACUCAAUGUCCAAUUUCAGCCUGAGAUCCUCAGGGUCAACGCACAAUCCAGUGAAACCUCAGACCCUGGCCUUUUGUUAGUACUCUUUGCUCUGGUUCAGUCCAACCCACCUGCAAUCUUCACCUUUGCGGAUCAGUCCGGAAUGCUGCUGGCUAACACCUCAGACAUCCUCAUCAUCGACUCGCCCCAUUACCCCUGGCUGACCAAUCACACACUGAGGCUCACUCUCAGUAGUUUAUCAGGAAAUAUCUCGCUGAAUGCCACUAACAGUGUGGGCACAACGCAAAGCAAUAUCACACUGACAGAGUUCCUUCAGUCUCGUGUGGAAGUGCCAAUGCUGGGAAUUGUAACUGGAGGUUCCAUGGCCUUCAUGGCCCUUCUUAUCCUCAGCCUGAUAGUCCUCUGCCUCAUGCAAAAAACUACAAGCAAGUCCAUUGAUGAACCUGUGGAGAUUCUAAUGACUAGGAAAAGUGACUCAACCAGUUUGAAAGCAGAAAGAACUCACAUCCCGAGAGAGAACAUGUCUCUUCCUUCCAAUAUGCAGCUUAACGACCUUAUGACUUUAAAAAAGGCUCGAGAGAACACACAAGUCAGUGGGGGAGAAAAGAAGAAAAAUGAGGAGGAUGAAGAUCUGUCUUUAGCCUAUGCUGCCAGAGGCUUCGCCAGAUAUCCAAUGGUGGGCUACAUCUACAAAGUGAAUAGCACAAGCAGUGAGGAGAUCUGGCUCUGA